AUGCGGUGGCUGGCACUACUAGGCGCCGCGACGGCGAGCAUAAGACCAGAAAGGAUCCCGGUACUGGACCUGAAACAACUCAACAGUCCAGAACAAAUCGAAGCGCUGGGACGGGCGUGCGCGGACCCCGGCUUUUUUCAUGUGGUGAACCACGGCGUGCCCCGGCACGUCAUCGACGCGUUUGAAGCCGCAACUAGGGCCUUCUUCGCCUUGCCGACGGACGUCAAACGUCGCGUCAAGCGCACGGCCACGAAUUCGCGAGGCUUCGCGGACGACGAGUUCACGAAAAGGACCAGAGACUACAAAGAAAUGUACGACUUCGGCCACAAGCCGCGGGCGGAUCUGCCCGAUGAUCAUGCCGAGAACCACGUCAUGGACGGCUACAAUCAAGUUCCUGAAUUAGCUGGUUUUCGGGAGGCCGUCGAGACGUAUUAUGCCUGCUGCGCUCAUGUGUGCGAGGAGCUGCUCGAUGCCGUCGCGUUAUCGUUGGAUAUAGAACCGGAAGCGUUUCGAUCAUUGUUUGAGGGCGGCCACACGUCUUAUUUAAGGCUGAACGCGUAUCCGGCUACACAAAACCGCCACGUCCAGAACGACGUGGACCUAGAUGUUAUCAAAGCUGGCGAGGACGACGCCGAGACGCCCUUGGAUGAACUCGACGGUCCUCGAUUGGGCGUGAACCGCCACUUCGACGCUGGCGUGAUCACUUUGUUGUACCAGGACCCGGCCGUGUCGUCGCUGCAAGUCAACGUCAACGCUCAUAAUGACGAUGCGCCGCCGCACUGGAUCGACGUCAGUCCCGUCGAGGACGCUCUCACGGUGAACGUGGGCGACAUGCUCCAAGUGUUAUCCAAUGGGAAAUAUCGGGCGCCCGAGCAUAGGGUCCUGGCGUCGCCGCCGGGCGUGUCGCGCGUCUCGGCGCCCUUCUUCUACAACCCGGCGUACGACGCCGAGAUGCGGCCGCUGCAGACCGAUGCUCCAAGGUAUUCCCCGUUCUCUUGGGGUUAUUUUCGCCGGAGGCGCUUCGAGGGCGACUUCGCCGACGAGGGCAAAGCGGAAGUGCAGAUCGCGGAUUUCCUGCUCCCGUGACUCAGUGGCCACGUCGACGCGCAGCGGAGCCGCCAGUCCCGGGACUCGGCCGACGAGUGACGCGCGCAGCGCCUCAUCGAACAUCGAAAAAAGCGACGACGGAGCACCACAUGACGCCCGGCGACGCCUACUGGGUAGGCGCCGCCCGGCCGAGGAAACCCGCAAUUCUGCCCCUUGGUCCGCUUAUUUUUAAUAUAUCAUUGUGUUUAUCUGCUUUGCUUAGCGCUAGACUGCCUAGCCACCACGGCCGACUUCGCUUCGGGGACAGCGUUAUCUACUUGAGCUCGCGCCGCGGCCGUCGGUCUUCGCGGGUCGGGCCGAUUGCGGUCGCGUCUGUCUGGGGGGUACAAAAGGCGUCGUAGCGCAGCCCCGAGGGUUGUUUGCGUCGCAUUUCGCGGACAGGAAUAACCGGAGCUUUUCUCAGGCAAUUCGAUGCUGAGUUUGUCCGGACGGGAGGGCAGUCCAUCGGCCUCGCGGCGACGGUCGCCGCCGGGAGCUCGAACGUCGAGCCCGGUUUUGUACCGGCGCAGGACGUCCAGCUCACCUGGUCAAACAUGACCCAGCUAUCCGACGACUGCUCGCGGUCGCGGCUGGACGGCGGCAUGCACUUCACGGCCUCCGUGCCGGCCGCGGAGGCGCUCUGCGAGGGUAUUGGUGAUCAGGGCUUCGCCUUCGCGUCCCUCCUCAUCGACAAUGACUGGAUGCCGGGCGCCAACCCCGCGGCCGCGACGCCGCGACCGACCAUCAAGCCCACGUCGAAGCCGACGCCGGCGCCGACGCUCCCAACUUGCCAGUCGCUCUGCCACGCCUGGGCCUCGGCGGCGUACAGCGUCACGGACACGUCUCCCUGGUGCGGGACUUGCACAAACAACGGCGUCAACUGCUUCACCGGUGGCAACAGCUGCCAGGGGCCGUACGAUUCCGGUUUCUGCCGGCUCAACAUGGCCGGCACGGUGUGCUCCCGAGACUAG